AUGCUCACAGCCAUGCAUGAGAAUAAUUAUACCAGGGAUUACACAGUUUGUGGAACAUUUGGUAAAGCUACUGCAGAUUUUUCAGAUGCUGGAAAAGUGGUUGAGAAGACUACAUUUGAUCAUAUAAGCAGGGAGAAAUUUGAGCGUGUGCUUGCCAUGAUUCAAGGAGCCAACCAAAAGUCUUUGAUAAUGCACAGUAAUGUGGAUCUUAAAAGUGAGGAAGCAUAUGACCUGGCAGUACAAGGCCAGCUCUGUCCUAAGGUGAAGAGCCCACCUCUCAUACUGGCAUUGCGAUGUUUGGAAUUUUCUCCACCUGACUUCACUCUAGAGAUCCGCUGUAUGCAUGAGAGUCAGCAGCAUAUCCGAAAAGUAAUCCACGAGAUUGGACUGGAGCUCAGAUCCACUGCAGUCUGCAAUAAAGUUCGUUGUACACACGGGAUGGCCCUUUUACACUGGACUGUGCCUUAACACGAGCGCAUUGGGAUCUGGAAAGCGUGUGCAAUGCCAUUAAAGAAUGCAAACCCAAAACUGAAGAAAUCCUGAAAGAAAGGAUUGACUUUUAUUUGAGGAACACUAAUUCAAUGGGGUCACAUGACAGUGAUAGGACUCCAUCAAGCUGA